CCUUUAUUUACUGGGCACUAGGCUUGUUUGACAAGAACCAUAUCCCAGCAACCCGUUCUUGUAAAUGCAAAAUGACUCCAUUGAAAAAAGAAAGCAGCAAGUAGCAUUUGAUAACUUUGGGUGGGGUUGGGGGAGAGGACUAGCCCCCCUCCUUUGCCCUUUUUGAGAUGGGUUUACAAAAGUGUGGAGGCUGUUUGAGUUGUCUGUUAAUCCCCCUAGCAGUUUGGAGCAUUGUUAUAAACAUCCUGCUAUAUUUUCCUGAUGGGAAAUCUUUGUAUGCCUCCAACAACGAUCUCACCAACUAUGUGUGGUAUUUUGAAGGGAUCUGUUUCUCUGGGAUUAUGAUGCUUAUGUUGGCAGCACUUUUAAUAAUCCUGGAUCAAGACACCUUCCAUAGAUGCUGCCAAAAUGAGAGCUGCACCAAAACAUACAGGCGUUUCAUUUCAGUUGUGCUUGCCCUGCUAGGGAUUGCAUUCUCUGGAUACAGUCUGAUCAUAUCUACUUUGGGCUUAGUGCAGGGCCCAUACUGCAGAACCUUAACUGGAUGGCAAUAUCCCUUCAAAGAUACUGCAGGCAGUUACCUCAUGGAGCACACUUCCUGGUCUCAGUGCUCUGAACCCGCUUAUGUAGUGGAGUGGAACAUCAUUUUGUUUUCUAUCCUGAUAGCCCUUAGCGGCCUUCAAAUAUUGAUAUGCUUUCUGAAAGUGAUUGCGGAAUUAAAGCGGAUACUGUGCGGAACCUAUCCUGUUUUUGUACAGCCUGCACUGAUCUGAAAGGGAAAGACAGAUGCCAACACACCAUCGUACAUCUUGUUGUGGUUGAUAUUGGUGUGUUAUUAAAAUGUUUUGUUUUGGUGCAGUGCUUUUUACACAUUCACCCAUAUUUCUGUGUUAUAAAGGAAUUAGCUCUCAUGUUUUUCUUACAUGUGGUUUACAAUGCUCCACUCAUAUCGAAGCAAGUGCAGUUUUUGGCAUGACUGCAUUUUCUUGUUACCUAUUUUUACCUCUUCCUCUCCCUUGCGUUUCUUCUCUAUUUAAAUUGUUAGAGCAGUACGACAAUGGAACCAGUUACCUAGGGAGGUUGUGGGCUGCCCCACACUAGAGGCAUUCAAGAGGCAGCUGGACAACCAUCUGUCAGGGAUGCUUUAAGGUGGAUUCUUGCAUUGAGCAGGGGGUUGGACUCGAUGGCCUUGUAGGCCCCUUUCAACUCUACUAUU